AUGGCUAGCCACCGUUCCAGGGACUUCAGUAGCCUCAGCAGCGCUUCCCCGACUUCGCCAGGGGACUCUUUUAGCGGGAGGAGAGAACGGUCGUGCUCCCCUUGCUCAAGGCACGGGGCCUGCAGCAGCCCCACUGCCGAUCUGACCGGCCGGCACAGCUUCAGCGCCUCGAACCUCACGAGAUAUGGGGUUUCUGCCUACCCCAAGGUCACCUACAACAAGCGGCUGCUGACUCCCCUGAACCUGGAUAUUGACUCCUCCAUCCAGGAGAUCCGGUCCAAAGAGAAAGAUGACAUAAAGACACUCAACAACCAGUUUGCUGCCUUGAUCGGGAAGGUCCAGAGUCUGGAACAGCACAACCAGGUCUUACUUGCAAGGUGGAACUUCUUGAAAGAGCAAGACAACUCCGUUUCGGACUUGGAUAUCAAACUUAUCUACGACCAGUACAUGAACAAACUGAGGCAACAGAUCCGAUCUAUCGAUGCCGAGAAAGAACAGCUGGACUUGGAGCUUGACGAAGUGCUGGAGGCCAUGGACAGCUUCCGGGGCAAAUAUGAAGGUGAAAUAAACAAACGCAGUGCAAUGGAAUUUACCUUCACCACACUGAAAAAGGAUCUAGACAAUGGAUUCCUGCACAAAACUGAACUGGAAGCGAAACUGAAUGGACUUCAUGCUAUGGCAGAGUUGAUGAAAACUAUCCAUGAUCAGGAACUUGAGGAGGCAAUGUCACAAAUCAAGGAUGUCUCCAUUGUCCUGGGGAUUGACCACAAGAGAUCCAAUAUCGACCCACACAGGAUUGUGGAGGAAGUGAGGGCCCAGUAUGAAGCCCUGGCUAUCAGGAGCUGGGAGGAGUUAGAAGCACUCACAAGGAGCAAGCUGAAUGAAGGAGAGUUACAGUCUGCUAAGUAUGGGGAUCAUCUUCUUAAUGACCGAAGGAUAAUUGCUGAGCUGAACAUACAAAUCCAGAAAAUGAGAUCUUGCAUCCUGUCAUUGAAAAGCCAGUGUCUUCGUCUAGAAGGGACUGUCAAAGAAGUUGGAACACAGGGUGAAGCUGCCCUUAAUGAUGCCAAAGCCAAACUGGCUAACUUGGAGGAAGCCCUUCAAAACCUCAGGCAGGACUUGGCUCACCUGGUUAAGGAGUAUCAAGAGCUGAUGAAUAUUAAGCUGGCUUUAGAUAUAGAGAUCCUUACCUACAGGGAGUUGAUGGAAGGGGAAGAGAUCAGCAUGGAGUCCCCAGCAUUUGCAUUCAUUAGCAGAAUCUCCUCUGGCCCAAAGUUCCCUUCUUCACAGUCCAGCGUCAUGACUGCUUCAAACGUGGCAUCCCGAGCAAGAGAACAUUCAGCAGACAGAACGAGCCACAGCAGAGGCCGUCAGGAAAGCGGGCUUUCUAGAAGCCAGAGUGGUGUGCUGAAGAUGGUGGUGUCCCAGUGGGUGGCAUUUUUAGAGGUCAUAGCAGGGCAAACAGGGGCAGCUCAGAAGGCGGGCUUUCCAGAAGCCAGAGUGAUAACAAUGAAAACCUCAGCAGCCAUGAAAGUGAAGGAUAUGUUGAGCCCGCCGUUUCCAGAACUAAUUCUGCGGAAGACGGUGGAGUCCCGGUUGGUGGCAUUUCUAGAAGUCACAGUGAGGAAAGCAGAGGAAGAUGUUCACGAGGAAAUGCUGUCAAGGGUUCCCAGUGGGGCCACAGAAAGUGUCCCCGAGGCUGGUCUUUCCAGAAGUCAGAGUGGCGAUAGCGAAGGUCCUGUAGAGACGUCCACUCCAAUUUCUAGAAAUGAUAGCUACGUGACUGCAGUUUCUCGUCGCGAUUUGUCUAGAACCUACAGCAGUGAGGCUGAAAGCCCUAGUGGUGGGAUAGAAGCCCCGGUGGGUAGCCCUGCGGAUGGAAAUGAAACCAUUCCACAGAGGGGCCUGGGUGGAAGCUACAGCCGUGAGGAAGGCCUGUCCGUAACACCAAGUGGUGAGCCAGCAAGUCCAGGGUCCCCCUACUUGGUUGGCGAGGUUCGCUCUGAUAAUCUUCACUACCCCACAACCGAGGAAGCAAGCUACUAUGGUGAAUUCAACGCCGAGCAGUAG